CGUCAAUCUCGAUCCCUUUGCACGACUUGACUGGGUAGACAAAGAGCGACUUGACGACCAUGGCCGAGUCCUCCAUAGCCACCGCUAGAGAAGCUUCUAUCGAAGGGCUUUGCGGAGGAGACGACAAUGGCGGAGGAUCAAGCGCAAGCGCGAGCUCGCGAGAGGAUGGAGGCGACCAACCAAGCGACGAUAGCGGGCGCCAAGGGCGCGCUUCUGUCGACGGCGAUCACUGCUCCAAUUGUGCUCUUGUCGGCGCGGAAAUUCGAGUGGGUGAGGAAGAAUAUCAAGCCCACUGGGCGGGCGAUCCUGGUUUGCUUCCCAGCGGUGGGGACGUUCUUCGUUGUGGCGGAUAAAUCGAUCCUUAAGAGCGCCCGCGAUACAUCGCUCGCCAGGAUCCAGAACAAAACCUAGAUAAAAAUGAAAUUGUUUUUAACCCUUUGGGUUUGGAAUGCCACAUUUAGGUAUGGGUUUUUGGAAAAAUUCUUUCUAGCAAAAUUUGAGUUUCGCACUUAGACUUUU